AUGCUGUUAUUGAUACUUCUACUAUUCUCAGGGAUCACAGCUAUCGAAAUCCCGAAAGAAGUGAAACUCUAUGUGGGACAGGUCUAUUCGUUGUCUCUUCCACAAGGUUCGCGAGUCGAAGAUGCAUCGGGUGGUCCAAUCAGUAAUUGGUUGACUCUCGACAUAGAGACUUUAAUGGGACUUCCACAGGGAGAACAUGUCGGCAAACAUUAUGUCAAGGUGACGCAUCCCAAUGGAGAAAAUGUGAUCGAGUUUAAAGUCAGCGAAGAAUUCUUAAAUCCCUGUGGUGAGACGGAUUCUUUCUGGGUGGAAGUUCUAUUUGAAGGGAGCAAAUUGGUGCAAGAUAAAGUGAGAGCCGCGAAGAUGGUUCAUGAUUUCACUGAAGUCGAUUUGGAGAAAAUUCGGGUCUACACACCAGAAUAUGGAAAAGCUAUUCGAGACUUGACAAAGCUUGAGAUGAAUGGAAAUGAUGAGAGUUUACAACAAGGACUCGAGGAUUUAUUUCAUGUUGUUGUGCCGGGUGAUUGUGCUGAGGGAAAUGAACAGGAACAAGAUUUGCCUGAGAAAGCCCUGCAAAUUCUUGAGAUCAUCUUUGAGAAGCAGAAAUCGGGAGAAAUUUCGGCGGUGAAUGCUGAGAUCUUCCAAGGACGAGUGCGAUCACGUCAAGAAAGACAAGGAGUUAAAGAUAUCAUCUCGAAUUUCGAUUUCGCUACUUCGGCACCAGAUAUUGUUGAAGAGGACUUUGAAGUGACAACGCUGACGACGACAACGAAGAGAUCCGUUCGUCCAAAUAGUCGAGGUUCCGAUUCUUCGCCACAAAAAUUAGGAUCGCUUUCUUCGAUGAAAUGUUACAGAGGAAUUUUGUGCUCGAUGACAAUCCCAUCUGACACUUUUAUGGAUCCGGAAGAUGGAAAAACGGAGAAAUUGAAGCUUGAAGUGAAAUCGAAUGGAGCUGAUGAGAAAUGGGUGAAGGUGGACAAAAUGCAAAUAUCGGCCGUUCCAUUGAAAGAAGGAGAAUUCCAGAUGAGACUCGAAGCAAGAGACAAAAAUAAUCAGAUGGUAUCCGCUCCAUUCAAUGUUUUGGUAGAAGACUCCUCAAUUCCAAAUCACAAAUUCUUCUUCGAAAUGGACACUUUAUAUGAUCGAUACACAUCAAAUCCUCAUCUUUUGGUUGGAUUCGUUCAACGACUUGCCUCUGCUUUUAAAGCUUCGACUGAUUCUGUAAUGGUUGAUCGAGUCGAGAAGUCACAAACGGGAAAAGCUGUAAUCUAUUGGAGUAACGCUAAUCUAUCAACUGCGAUUUGUCCAACUGAUGAAAUUGAGGCAAUGAAGCUGACAAUGGCCACGAAGAAACAAAACAAUCCAAAGGGUGUUUUCAUGAAGGCAAUGGGUCCAGAGUAUAUGGUGAGAAAAUUGGGACUCAAUUUCACUGGUGCUUGCCUUCCAUCAGCAUCAUCCGAUUCCUCAUCACCGUCUGUUGUCUCUCCAAAUCGUGAAUCCGGCUUUGGAUGGUUGGCUUUGGCUGCAGCGUUGGCUCUUCUUUUAUUGUUGAUUGCUCUCGCAUUAUGCUGUUGUUUGGCUAAGAGACCAAAGAAGGAGAAACCAAGCGAGUUUGUCUCCAAAGGAUUACCCGUCGUUUUCCCCGAAGAGGUGGCUGAUGAAUCGGAGACAGCCAUCGCAUCAACGCCAAUGCUUGUCAAAGAGGAGAGACCACCAUUGAAGGUGUCGCAACACGAGAAUCCGUUGUACAAGCCACCACCUCCACUCACUUCUUCAUUCUCUCCUCGCGGUACAACUCCCGGGUUGGCUGGUACUCCAUCGCAAAGACUUCCACCUCCAUAUGUUCCCCCA